ACCCACAUUUUAGGUUAAUGAAACCCGUCACACUCAAAAGCCAAAGCCCAAAUAUUUAUAAAAAAGCCCAGCGAAUACCAUUGCCUUCUUUACUGCGUCUUCUCCAUUCUUCACUCUCCUCUAAGACCAGCGAAUUCAAGCUCGAACAAUUGAACUCAAGCUCCAAUUUUCCUCCUUUGUUUCGAAUUUCAGGAGAGAGAGACUGAGGAAGAGAGAAGUAGAAACCCUAAACUCUAAAGACGUCGACGGACCGACGGUCGACCGGAGAUUCACGCCGACAACGACGAGCGGUGAGGAUUUGAGGAACGACCACUCGAACAGCCGAACAGGAAGCGAAGCGAAGCUGCGAAGAGUUGCGAGUUGCGAGGGCUGAACUCUGAAGCGAAGCGAAGCCGGCGCACCGCCACCCCCAUCGCCCACGCGUUCAUCCGCCGUCGCCGACUCGCCGGCCUCCCGACUCCCGAGACGCCCAUUACAUUUUUCAGUCAGUUUAUUUAGGGUUUUGAAGUGGAUUGGAUUUUGAGAUUGUAAUCUGGGGUACACGUAAAAAAACCGUGACAUGUGAGUGGGAAAAUUAGCUUCUGGUGACUGUUAGUACAUUUGAUGCUGAAUUUAAGAGGUUAUGGAAAUAGACCAGUCAAAUAUUGAUCACAAUCAGGAAGAAGAAUACGUAUUGCUUGAUCUUGAUGCAGUUUGUGGCCAAGUUGACAUUCCUCCUGAUGAACCAUACGUUUUAUCGAGUCUUGAUACAACGAAUCCAGUAUUGACCAUAGGGAACAAGUUGAAGCUGAUAGGAGAAUACAAAGAAACAAUCGGGACAUGCUUAAUAUUUUCAGAGAAUGAAAAGAGACCUUCAUAUCACGGAGAAACAGGAUCCACCGAGGCAAACAAUUUCAAGAAUGAUCGUAUAGUUGACCCGAAUAUAGGGCCAUCCAAGCAUAUCCAACCUGUCACAUCCCUCCAUAAAAUUCUAAAAUUCAGAGUGCUAUCAGAAGCUGAUGGGCAGAAUUCAACGGAGAAACCAGCUGAUCCUCUUGCGCAAGCAGAUGAUCCGACUUAGGGGAAUUAGGGGUGUACUCUUCUUCAGAUCCCUUAUCUUGGUCGGGAACAUUGACUCUGUACUUGUUAUAAGGAGGUGAUGCUUAUUAUUCAGGGUUCUAGUUUAGUUCGUCGCCUCCGUAAUAUGGUCUGAUGUAUUCAAUGUCUGAAGAUUAACUCUGUACAGGUGUAUGUGAUUGUUAGGAUUUAGGAAUGCCUCUGUAAUCUGUAUGUUCUUUGGGCUGCCUAGAUUAAUCAUGAGUAGAGCACUGAUUGUAGAACUUAUGUUAGCCUGCUUAAAUAUUCAGAUGGUAAUUAAUGUGACAAAUGAUGAAUGAGAAGGUUUCGUUCACAUUUUGUUCUUUUUCCCA